UACAUGGAGGACAAAUUUCGUUUUGCUAUUGAUCGUGGUGGAACCUUCACAGACGUAUACGCCGAAUGUCCGGGAGGAAAGAUUCGAGUGUUGAAGCUGUUGUCAGAAGAUCCAACCAACUACGCAGAUGCUCCGCGUGAAGCGAUACGUCGCAUUCUAGAAGAGGAGCUAAAAGUUUCGUGCAAAAACGAGAUUGACACACGUCACAUUGAAUGGAUUAGAAUGGGGACUACCGUGGCUACCAACGCUCUCCUUGAAAGGAAAGGAAAACGUAUGGCGUUGCUGAUUACUAAAGGAUUCGAGGAUUUGCUCUACAUUGGAAAUCAGGCUCGACCCAACAUUUUUGAUCUGGAAAUUGUGUGCCCUGAAGUUUUGUAUGAGCAUGUUAUUGAGGUCGAGGAAAGAGUUGUAUUACAGCAAGAGUCUUGUCAACUGGGACUCGAUGGAGAAGAAAUAGUGGGAAUUACAGGAGAAAAGCUGGUUGUCGUUGAGAAAAUAAACAAAAUCAAACUGGAAGAAGAUCUCAAGACUUUACUUGACAAAGGCAUUACGAGUCUUGCAGUUGCUCUGAUGCAUUCAUACACGUUUGAUGGACACGAGAAAGAGGUGGCCAGCAUGGCCAAAUCAUUGGGUUUUGAGCAUGUGUCUCUUUCUUCAGCUGUCAUGCCUAUGGUGAAAAUUGUUCCACGUGGCUACACAGCUUGUGCUGAUGCCUACCUGACACCCUGCAUCCAGCAAUACAUUCAUGGAUUUCAGUCAGGGUUUGAUAGUGGUCUGAAGAACAUUAAAGUGCUGUUCAUGCAGUCUGAUGGAGGACUCACGGAAGUUCAAAGAUUCAGUGGAUCGAGAGCCAUUUUAUCAGGUCCUGCUGGUGGAGUGGUGGGUUAUGCCAUGACGGCAUAUAACAGUCAGCCUGUUAUUGGAUUUGAUAUGGGAGGGACGUCAACUGAUGUGUCACGAUAUGCUGGUGUAUAUGAACACGUUUUUGAAACUACAACAGCUGGAGUGACAAUUCAAGCUCCACAGCUGGACAUUAAUACAGUGGCUGCUGGUGGUGGCUCUCAGCUGUUCUUUCGUGCUGGCUUAUUUGUUGUUGGCCCUGAGUCGGCAGGUGCACAUCCUGGACCAACAUGUUAUCGAAACGGUGGCCCUCUCACUGUGACUGAUGCCAACUUGUUGUUAGGAAGGCUGAUACCCGAUUACUUUCCUCACAUUUUUGGUAAGAGUAAAGGCCUACCACUUGACAAGGAUGCAACACGUAUUGCUUUCGAUGAUCUGACAAGCCAAGUUAAUGCUUUUCUGGCUGCACAGCCGGAGUCUUCUCGGCUGAUGACACAAGAAGAUGUUGCCAUGGGUUUCAUCAGGGUUGCUAAUGAGGCUAUGUGUCGUCCAAUACGAGCACUGACACAGGGCAAAGGUUAUGACACUGCUCGUCAUGUAUUGGCUUGCUUUGGUGGAGCCGGAGGCCAACAUGCUUGUGCGAUUGCACGUAACUUGGGAAUGAAAAAAGUUUUCAUUCACAGAUAUGCUGGUAUUUUGUCUGCAUAUGGACUUGCAAUGGCUGAUGUAAUCCAUGAGUGCCAGGAGCCAUGUGCCCAAGUUUAUGAAGAAUCAUCAUUCAACUUAAUUGAUGAGAGAUUAGAUGUACUGAUCAAAAGGUCAACAGAGGAGUUGAAAAAUCAAGGGUUUACAGAGAGCAACAUCACAGUCACUCCUUACUUAAAUAUGCGUUAUCAUGGUACAGAUUGCGCAUUGAUGUGUCCUCCUAUCUCUAAGGACACGGGUAAUGGGUGUCGGCAUGGAGACUUUCUUUACUCAUUUAUCAGCAGAUACAAGCGUGAGUUUGGGUUUACGUUGUCUGGUCGGCGUGUGUUUGUUGAUGACAUUCGUGUGCGUGCGACGGGUCAUUCACAAGUUCAGAGCCCAGAAGCUGUGAAAAAAGCAGAGCAGACGGCUUCUCCCAUUGCUGUAGUUCAAUGUUUCUUUGAAAAUUCUUACUACGACACCAAUGUUUAUCACCUGGAGUCACUGGGAACAGGUCAUUCAGUCAGUGGGCCUGCUAUUCUCAUGGAGACCAACAGCACAAUCCUGGUCGAGCCUGGCUGCUGUGCUGCCGUCACUGACAAAGGAGAUAUUGAGAUAGAAAUUGGCAGUGUCAAUCAACAGCAGAUAGGACUUGAGAUGGAGUCAAUUCAACUUUCCAUCUUUUCACACAGAUUUAUGAGCAUUGCUGAACAAAUGGGAAGGGUUCUUCAACGAACAGCCAUUUCAACAAAUAUUAAGGAGCGUCUUGAUUUCUCGUGUGCAUUGUUUGGUCCCGAUGGUGGUCUGGUAGCAAACGCUCCUCACAUUCCUGUUCAUCUUGGUGCAAUGCAAGAAGCGGUUCGGUGGCAGAUAAGAUUUUAUGGAGACAACCUCCAUAAAGGUGAUGUGAUACUUACUAACCAUCCAGCUGCAGGCGGCAGCCAUUUACCUGAUCUAACAGUUGUUACCCCAGUUUUUACAGAGGGACAGCCAAAGCCGAUAUUUUUUGUUGCAAAUCGAGGCCACCAUGCUGACAUUGGUGGGACAACUCCUGGUUCAAUGCCUCCACAUUCGAAGGCGCUGUGGGAAGAAGGCAUGGCUGUCAUGUCUUUCAAGCUGGUGGAAGGAGGAGUGUUUCAAGAGAAAAGCAUCGUUGACUUGUUGAUGUCUCCCGCUCAAUACCCUAACAGCAGUGGCACUCGUAAUCUUGAAGACAACCUGUCAGACCUGAGAGCACAGGUUGCUGCUAACGAGAUGGGUAUCACUUUGGUUGGGCAGCUCAUAGAGGAAUACAGUCUGGAAGUGGUUCAAGCGUAUAUGCAUUACAUACAGGAAAAUGCAGAGGUUGCCGUUCGACAGAUGUUGCAAGAGAUAGCAACAAAGACCGAGCAUUUGGGAGAAAAACAGGUGGAGCUCACCGUUUUGGAAGCAGAAGAUCAUAUGGAUGAUGGAACGCCGCUCUGUCUGAAGAUAACAAUUAAUAAGCAAGAUGGAACUGCAGUGUUUGAUUUCUCGGGCACUGGCAAUGAAGUGAAGGGCAACUGGAAUGCUCCUCAUGCAGUUGUGUUUUCAGCGCUAAUCUAUUGUCUUCGUUGCAUGGUUGGCCAUGAUGUACCUCUCAAUCAGGGCUGCCUUGUGCCCAUCACCACUAUUAUUCCGUCUGGUAGUCUGUUGGAUCCCUCUGAGCAGGCAGCAGUCAUUGGUGGCAACGUUUUGACGUCACAACGAAUUGUUGAUGUCAUAUUCAAAGCAUUUAGUACUUGUGCAGCAUCUCAGGGUUGUAUGAACAACACAACAUUUGGUGAUGAUUCGUUUGCUUACUAUGAGACAGUAGCCGGUGGUGCUGGAGCAGGUCCAUCUUGGCAUGGACGAAGCGGUGUUCACACUCACAUGACUAACACUCGCAUUACAGACCCCGAGAUUCUCGAGAAACGAUAUCCUGUUGUUGUGAAGCAGUUUGCUGUUAAUGUUGGAUCAGGAGGAGACGGUCUGUAUGUUGGAGGCAACGGUGUUACAAGAGAACUGCUGUUCCGCCGUCCCCUCACUCUGUGUGUGCUGUCUGAGAGACGUGGUCAAUACAAGCCAUACGGAAUGAAUGGCGGCAGUCCUGGUCACAUUGGUGAGAACUGGGUACUUCGACGAAAUGGCGAAGAAGAAAACUUGGGAGGGAAAAACACAGCUCAGCUUGAACCUGGGGACGUUUUCUUGUUGAAAACUCCAGGUGGAGGAGGAUUUGGGCAGACAUCUAUGGAGGUACCAAAGAAGAAAAGGAAAGGAACUGGAGUUCAGUUUGCACAGAAGGGAAGCAUCGCUGACUACAAUAGACUACAGGAGUCUGCUUAGCUAGAUGUUUCGAUCACUGAUACAAAUGUAAUGUGAACACGUG